GCACAACUCCAAGUCUGGCACGACGGAGGAACCCCCCGACCUCCAGCCCCUCCUCUCUCUGACUCAGGGGAAUCCAGCAGUCCUGUGGUGUAGGGAGGGUCAAUGGGUGAGGACACGGGGCAGAGGGUGUUAAGUUUCUAACCUGGAGGGCUGGACCGCUGCAGCGGAGGCCAUAGCCACCCUCCGGCAGGAAGGGGAGGGCCCUGCCUGGCGAGGGCGAGCCCCCGCGCGGGCUCGCGGCUGGGUCGGAAAAGCUGCCUCCCAGGCGCGUUCGCUGGCCCCUGGCUCCGCUCCUUCCCUCCAGCGCUCCCCGCUCGGACCUCCCUUCCAGUUUCCGCGGCGCCCUCCCGGGCAGCGCCCGCUGCGGCCUCGCUAUGUCCCAGCCUGGCCAGAAGCCCGCCGCCUCCCCGCGGCCCCGGCGCGCCGCGGCGGCUCGGCGCACCCAGGAGCAUGUCAGUGAAAAGAACAGUGGAUUGCCUUCCAAAACUGGAGAAAAGAAAGGAUCAGAUGAGAAAAAAGCAGCCAGCCUUGGGAGCAGUCAACCUUCCAGAGCACUUGCCAGUGGAACAGCCCCUACCAGUAAGGUGACAACUUCCUUUGCUGCGACCAGCAAAUCUUCCAGUAUGAAUCCUACAGAGACCAAGGCCAAUCCAAUCACCAAACAGAUGGAAGGACCUCAUUCUUCUAACAAGAAAAGACACAAGAAACAGGCUGUAAAAACAGAACCAGAGAAGAAGUCACCAUCAACUAAACCAUCUGUGGUUCAUGAGGGAAAAACCCAAGAAGAAAAGCCAAAGGAACACACAGAGCCAAAAAGCCUACCCAAGCAUGCAUCAGAUACAGGAAAAAAACAUGCUCGUAGCAAAAAAGCAGUUUCUAGAUCAAGUGAGCAGCUGACGUCAGAGAAAUCAACAGAACCAAAGACUAAAUCACAGGACAAGAUUUCUGCUGGUGGAGAGAGUACUGCUGCUGUUGUGGCUGCAACAUCUGGUAAACCAGACGACAAGACUAAAUCACAGGACAAGAUUUCUGCUGGUGGAGAGAGUACUGCUGCUGGUGUGGCUGCAACAUCUGGUAAACCAGACGACAAGACUAAAUCACAGGACAAGAUUGCUGCUGGUAUGGCUGCAACAUCUGGUAAACCAGAUGACAAGAAAAAAGAAAAAUCACUAACACCAGCUGUAUCAGCUGAAUCUAAACCGGAUAAACAAUCUGGAAAGUCAGGCAUGGAUGCUGCUUUGGAUGACUUAAUAGACACUUUGGGAGAACCUGAAGAAGCUGAACAGGAUAAUACACCAUACACUGGACAGGAAGUUUCAGAUCCAGUGAGUUCCACCUACAUAGAGGAAUUGGGCAAAAGAGAAGGCACAAUUCCUCCAAAAUAUAGGGAACUCUUGGCUAAAAAAGAAGGGGUCACAGGACCUCCUGCAGACUCUUUGAAACCCAUAGGGCCCGAUGAUGCUAUCGAUGCCUUGUCAUCUGGCUUCACCUGCAGUUCUCCUACUACUGGUGAAAAGAAAACUGAAAAAGAGGAAUCUUCGGGAGAGGUUUUAAAAGCUCAGUCAGCUGGGGUAAUCAGAAGUGCAGCUCCACCCCAGGAGAAGAAAAGAAAGGUGGAGAAGGAUACAAUGAGCGAUCAAGCACUCGAUGCCCUUUCUGCUUCUCUUGGCACCAGGGGACCGGAACCGGAGCUUGACCUAAGCUCUAUUAAGGAAGUUGAUGAGGCAAAAGCGAAAGAAGAAAAACUGAAGAAGUGUGGUGAGGAUGAUGAAACAGUCCCAUCUGAGUAUAGAUUAAAACCAGCCACGGAUAAAGACGGAAAACCCCUAUUGCCAGAGCCUGAGGAAAAAUCACAGCCCCGGAGUGAAUCAGAACUCAUUGAUGAACUUUCAGAAGAUUUUAACCAGUCUAAAUGUAAAGAAAAACAGUCUAAGCCAACUGAAAAGACAGAAGAAACUAAGGCCCCUGCCCAGACUCCUGUGGGAGAGACUGUGUCCUGGACCUCGAUGUGUAGUGUCCAGUCAACACCACCCAAGCCAGCUACCUCGAAGGGCCCAGUGCCAGAUGAUUCUGUAGAAGCUUUGGCUGGUAGCCUGGGAAAAAGAGAAGCAGAUCCAGAAGAUGAAAAACCUGUGGUGGAUAAAGUCAAGGAGAAAGCCAAAGAAGAGGACCGUGAAAAACUUGGUGAGAAAGAAGAAACAAUUCCUCCUGACUACAGAUUAGAAGAGGUCAAGGAUAAAGAUGGGAAACCACUCCUGCCAAAAGAGACCAAGGAGCAGAUUCCACCCCUGAGUGAAGACCUCCUUCUUGAUGCUUUGUCUGAGGACUUCUCUGACCCCUCCAACAUUUCAUCCCUUAAAUUCGAUGAUGCAAAACUUUCUGCUGUGAUCUCUGAGGUGGUUUCCCAGACCCCAGCGUCAACCACCCACUCUGCAGGCCCAGCUCCUGACCCUCCGCAAAGUGACAACAAAGAACUUGAUGAUGCCCUGGACCAACUUUCUGACAGUCUAGGGCAAAGGCAGCCUGACCCAGAUGAGAACAAACCAGUGGAGGAUAAAGUAAAGGAAAAAGCUACUGCUGAACAUAGAGACAAGCUUGGAGAGAGAGAUGACACCAUCCCACCUGAGUAUAGACAUCUCCUGGAUAAAGAUGAUCAGGGAAAACCAGUGAAGCCACCUGCAAAGAAGCCCAAAGAAUCAAAGAAAUCUGCAGAUGACCAAGACCCCAUUGAUGCCCUCUCAGGAGAUUUGGACAGCUGUCCUUCAACUACAGAAACCUCGCAGAAAACGGCAAAGGACAAAGGCAAGAAGACUGCUUCCAGCACCAAAGCACCCAAGGAUGGGGGUAAAGCAAAGGAUGCAAAAAAGACAAAAGAGGAGGAUUCCAAGUCAGAAGCUGAUGAAAGAAAUACAAGUUAAAGGUCGCACUAUUUGGUAUCUUCAACUAAAAUCUUCAGCUGUGUAGGUGAUGACUCUUGAAGAACAAAACAUUCUGGCUACAGAAAAUUUUUCUGGGUGGCUUCUAGACGAUGGUAUAUGUUGAGUCUUUUGACAUCUUGACAUUGGUUUGUUAUUCUUGUCCAGGACAGAAUUUGAAUUUGUCUGGUUCACCUGUGUUAUUGUACUAAGUAUUGAUAAACUUUGAACUUUUUUUUAAAUUGCCUUCAGUUGUUGAGAGAAAGGAAGCUUUAUAUUUGUAAGAAAUAUAUUUGAUAAAGUUUCUUAAAGCAACACCAAAAAAACCUUUGCAAACUUUUGCACAUUCUACACACAGUGCCUGUAAAUCUCAUUCGUCUUUUCAGUUUGCACUUCUUUUUUUUUCCCCCAGCAUUUGGAAAACAAUGCUUUAAACAUUCUUCAAUGAUUUGAUUUCUCAUUAUCCCCUUUCCUCUUGGGCUUAUGAACUGUAUUGGAUGUUUCUAAGUCAAACAUAAAAUAUUGUACAUUUGGCACAUAUCUUUUUUUGGGCUGCUAACAAUAAAUUAAUACAAGAUAACCUGGACAAACCAGUAAACACCAAACCCCACUUAAGAUUUGUUUUCUUCUUUGCCAGAGGUAAGGGUUUCCACACCUUAUAGUCAGCACAAAACACACUGAGACUUUAAUCAAGUCAUCAAAACAAAAUGCAGACUAUAUAAGUCACUGUAAAGCAAGUUUCAAGAACAAAAUCUGAACACAAAUAAAAUCUAAUUCCGUACAAUGUUCAUAUGGCUUGAACUCUGUUGGUUUACUAUGCAAUUAAGCUGUGCUUUCUGUUCUCUAUACAUAAAAUUUGAGCAGGAAUGGUUGCUUAGAGCCUUGCCACAUAUUUUUUGCACUAUGGCAUCUGGCUUUCUGGAAGUUAAGUUUACCAAAUACAAAAACAAACUUUUGCUUAAAAAAAAAAGCAUACACACACAGGUCUGAGUGUUUCUGAGAUUUAAAAUCUGCUUUUCCCGCACAGCAAUUUAAGAAGUAGGCUUUCUGAUGCCCUUCAACUUUGAAUGGUUUCUCAGAUCUUUUGAUAAUGAAUAGCUUCUGAACAUAGCACUGAUAACAUUGAUGGAAUUUUAAUAAAAAUUUAAUUUCAUCUUCAUUUCCUGGUAGCAAAUGCAGGAAAAGAUGUCAGGUACAUAUUGAAAAACAGAUUUUGAAUUUCGUAUUUCUGGAAAGCAUGGCCUUACUUAGCAUCUGUUUAAACUUUUUAUUUAUUAGGAAUUUUGCAGACUUCACUAAAAGUAAGUAGUCACCAAUAAUAUCUAAUGGGGGAGGGUGGGGCAACAAAAAUAACUGCUUAUAAUGGGGAUCAAAUUUUGCUAAUACUCUCUGAAAAUACUCUUUAAAAAUAUGAAACAUACCCAUGGGAUUUCAAACUCUACUCACUUAAAAAUGCCAUGUCUCUUUCCCAUCAGUGAUAUAGUCAUUAUUAUUCUAAGCCUGGGAAAUAUGAGCCAGUGUUAUGGUGGCUAAAUAGAUCCUUUUGAGGCACUAACAAGAAAAAAAAAACACUCUUCCUGAGGGAUUUUAACUGUGUCUCUAAUUCUCCUAUUGGGGCAGUAAGGUUGUUUGCUUUUUUUAAAGUUUUUUUAAAAAAAACUUUGAAACCUUUGACAUUGACAGAUGUGUCAGUAAGGCUAUGGGUGCUGUGUUACUAAUUUCUAUGUAUAUAUAAAAGUAUUUUCAAAUGACGUACCAAAUUCCAGAGGUUUAGGAAAUGCCUGUAAAAGUAAACAUAUAUUCAAGAUACUCUGAAUAUGCCUUCUUGUUAAUUAGAAAUGUCUUCAGUUCUUGGAAGUUUGCUGGUAAUUAACAAUGACAAGGAUCUAAAUCACUCCUUUUUAUUACCCACAUUAUUAGAAGGAAAUAAUUGAAAAUACAUGCUUGGAGAUAAUGAACAGACAACUUUUUAUUACCAAAAAAGGUUUCUGUACAUUGUUGUGGCAAUGUUGUGUGUUUAGAAAGUGAACUUUUCCAAAAGCAAAUAAAGAUAGGUUCCUCGGAUGACCAAAAGUGAAAAUCAAUAUUUCCAUGUUUCAUCAAUCAAGAUAUAAAAUAAAAUUAAAGCAAAAUAUUUUACAUUAAAA